AUGGUGGUAGCGGAAACUGACGUGAAAUUCCCAAUGAUUAAGGAACUGAAGAUCCCACCGCCGGCUUAUCUGAUUAUGGAGAAAACGGGGCGAUUGGCUAACACAUGGAGACUGUGGCGAACACAGUAUGCAGAUUUUCGUGCGGUGACAAAGACGGACCGCGAAUCCAGUCCCGCACAAUUGGCUCCGUCAUACUAUCGACCCGGCUGCUCCGAUCAUCAUAAAUGGAUUCAUGCACAGUCCGGAUGA